AGCGAGGGUCAGUCCAAGUUGAAACGCCGUUCGGUAAACUCGCGGUCUGUUGUGUAGCUUUCGCGCGUGUCGGCUUCUGUAGCGAAGCACUUGCUUCUUCUGCUGGCCAGGAUUGUUUCCGUAGAUUUUUUACAGUGUCUACUCUCUUUUACCCCUGCGCUUCCACCGCGGCCACCGCCACCGCAGUCGGCAAGGUUCUGUUUUAAAGGUACGGCUGUGUGUGCGUAUAUGUAGCAAGGCGUCCUUGUGCCUGAGUUUUGAUACCCACGGGGUUGUUUUGAGUGGGUGAUGCGGUACUGGCGCUGGAACGUGCUUCGACGGUUCGAUAUGUGUUGACUAGACCACCAGCAAUGAUGUGACUGUUAUUCCGCGGAGGAUGAGUUUCCGUGACAGUUUUGCACACACCCGGUGAGUGCUCCUGGUGUUGGUGUGCGAGGGUGUGCAUCCCGUGUUCACAGCACACUGGUGCACAUGCGUGCACUUUGUUCGACGAAGGGCUUUCCUCCCAGAGAACAGCGUAGCCUGGGUGGAAUACAGAAACGCUCGUCAGUGCCUACUUCGGUCGGGAUGUUCGAGGGUCGGUGAAUGUUGGUUGAGGGAUUCCUUCAUCCGCUGAGUAAAUUUUGUGUGAAAUGAAGAAGGAAAAUCAAAUUCAAUUAUAGAAGCCAAGUGGAUUUUGGAUGGGAACGGUGAAUUCGAGCGGAAUGAACCGAUUUUGUACAAUUCCAACAGGAUUACCGGACCCGUAGUGAGUGGAUUACAGCAAAAUUCGGUUGAAAUACGGAUAAAAAACGGUGCAAAGUGCGAGGAAAAUUUCGUGUCUGGUCUUUGCUGCUGAUCGAAAACACGGAGUCCAUGCAGACACAAACACAAACCGAUUCUGUUUGAGGAUUAUGUUUGUCAGAAGAAAAUAAUCAAUAACUCGGAUGUUUUGGUCGGCUUUGUGAGCGUGCCCGAGAAUAGUGCGAUACGACGAUAACGGUGCCUUUUGACAACAGUAACAGCUUCCUCCAGCUGGGAAGGUGCCGGAGUGGAAUGUGAAGUCCCUUUCAAACAAAAGUGCUUCUAUCAGGGCCUACUUAGUGUGGAACGCAUACACAACGAUUAUCGAGUGCCGUGAAUUCCGCAGGCGAAAGAAAUUGCAUCGGGGUUGUCGGUUGAAUAAUCUCCGCAACCCAGCAGCCGCCACACGGAUUGGUUUUCAUGUUUCUCGGUGUUUAGUGGCUGGAAAAAAGGUUUUCCGAUCAAAGAAGAAAGAUGAAAAAUUGGGUAUAAAUCGGCUUUACGUCAUUUUUACUGUGUCGAUACGAAUAUUCGGUGGAGAUGCAAAACGAGUGCUAUUAAAAAGGCACUGUGAUCGAGAGCCUAGAAGUCGAGUGGGGGUUGUUAGUGUACGGUCGGUUGUUCGGCGAUAAAAGCUAUUGAGUGAACCGUGAUGAAGAUGAUUUAUGGCUGAGUCUGUUGAAAGAGAUCUGGAUGAAGUAGUGGAAACCGAAGCGAUUCGAGUGGAAGAAGAAGGAAGCGUUUAGCAGAAUAUACCGGUGAAGUCAUCAGGAACAGGUGAACAGAGUUUGAUUUUGAACGAGGCUAGAAAAAAUCGGCAUCAGCUGGAUAACAUGCAAAUUCAGUUAAACGAAACUGGAAAGUGACGAUUGGAACUAGUUUUUCGCAAUCUUUCGAAUAAAAUAAUAUCAAAGGCAAAUAAGCGCUGAAAGUUCGAGACGAUUCAAAACUAACAGACGACAACAAAACACCCAGACAGACGUGAACAAGUGCUGAAAAUGGAAUAGCUGCGUGAGCCCCGUCGGGCGUAGAACAUGGACACCCCCGCACCGUCGUCGUCGUGGUGUCCGCUGUGACUAACCCUUUGGCAGCACGUACGCGUCCGGGUGCGUGGGUGGUGAGCGGUCUCGUCGUACAGUCUCAAGCCGGGGGAGUUUCGAAUCGGAUGCGAUAGCCCUCUCGGGCUAAUGAGCAUUCGCCCCCCUCCUCGAAAGAGAGUUUAGAAGUGCUUUAGAGUGGAUCGUUCUGAAGGAUCUUUUGUUUGUGGAAGAACAGCAACAAAAAAGAAAGCAAGUGGAUUAAAAGUGAGUUCCGGAAAUUCGCCCGGCACGCCGCCAUGGAUACGAUGGUGUUCGACGAUGAACCACCGCCCGAACCGCGGGACGGUUGGCUGCUGGUGAGAAUCUUCGUGCCGGAGCUGAACGUGUACAAGUGCUUGCAGUUUCCCUCCGACAAGGUCGUGUGGGACGUUAAGCAGCAGUGUCUGGCAUCGUUGCCUAAGGUCGCCUUCUGGUUCUGGGAAUUAAAAGAAAGCUUCAAUUAUGGCCUGUUUUGUCCGCCAUCCAAUGGCAAGGCGGGCAAAUUUCUGGAUGAGGAACGAAGACUGGGUGACUACCCGUUCAAUGGACCCGUUGGAUACCUGGAGCUCAAAUACAAACGCCGGGUGUACAAGAUGCUGAAUCUGGACGAGCGGCAGCUGAAGGCCCUGCACACCCGGGCCAACCUGCGACGCUUCCUGGAAUGCAUCAACGGGGGUCACGUGGAAAAGGUUGCCAAGAUGUGUGCCAAAGGGCUGGACCCGAACUUCCACUGCCAGGAAACGGGCGAAACCCCACUGACGAUCGCCACCGGAACCAAGAAGCCCAACAAGCUGCUGAUUGCCCUGGUCAACGGGGGUGCCCUGCUCGACUACCGGACGCGGGACGGGGCCACCGCGCUGCACCGAGCCGUCGAGCGGGACAGCCUCGAGGCGGUUAGCACCCUACUGGAACUGGGCGCGUCGCCAAACUACCGAGACACCAAGGGUCUCACGCCGGUUUACCUCUCGGUAACGCGCAAAACCGAUCCGAAAAUCUGCGAAAUUCUGCUACAUGACCACGCCACGCUGGGCAUCCAGGACAGCCAGGGCUGGCAGGAAGUCCACCAGGCUUGUCGGAACGGGUUAGUGCAUCACCUCGAGCACUUGCUCUUCUACGGUGCGGAUAUGGAUGGGCAGAACGCUUCCGGCAAUACGCCGCUGCAUGUUUGCGCUGUUAACAAUCAGGAGGCUUGCGCUAGAAUGCUUCUCUUUCGCGGUUCCAACCGGGGCGCACUAAACUAUGCCAAUCAGACACCGUACCAGGUCGCCGUAAUUGCCGGCAAUUUGGAACUGGCCGAGAUGAUACAGAACUACAAGUGCGAGGAUAUUGUCCCCUUCCGUGGUCCCCCUCGGUACAACCCGCGGCGCCGCUCCGGGCUGGGCUGGGGCUCAACGCUGUCCCGCAUCUACGGUGGCCCACCGUCGCCCUGUCCGUCCGAGCAUCCGUUCAGUUCGGCCAGCUCGAGCCUGUCGGAGGGAUCGUCCAGCCACCGGAGCCACGAGGAUGACAUUAGCAUCGUGACAGAUAAAAGCCUCGGUGACACGAGCGACAUCAUUAGCGAUUCGUCCGGCGUCGGUACCAAUUCCGACAGUGCAGCGUGCUCGAUUGGCCACCCCAGUACGACCGUGGUCUGCAUGGAGGGCUACGACGGAGGCCUAUCCGGGCACAUCCAGAUCCAGCCUGGUGACGUUAUUGAAGUGGUGGGUUCCACCGAUUGCGGUCUGCUGGAAGGGUUCGUUCGGGGAACGAACAAAACCGGCUUCUUCCCUGCUCAGUGCGUACAGGAGGUCCAGUUCCGACAGAAGAGUAUCAUCAAUGUUUCGACCUCGGCACCGCACCAUCACUACGUGAUCAACACUAGCAGUAAUGAGAUCGUUGAGCAGCAGCAGCAGCAACAACAGCAACAGUACAGUAGUCAGACGGCACCCAGGAUAAAGAAGGCCGUUACUGGAGAGCCACGCGCAGUGGUCCUGCAUAGAGCAAAGCGAGGUUUCGGCUUCAUUCUGCGAGGGGCGAAGGCUUCUUCGCCAUUGAUGCAACUCAAACCAUCUCCCCGAUGUCCAGCCCUUCAAUAUCUGGACGACGUGGAUCCGGGUGGUGUGGCCGACAUGGCCGGACUCAAACCCGGAGAUUUCUUGCUUGCCAUUAACAACGAAGACGUCACGUGUGCCUCCCAUGAACACGUGGUCGAUCUGAUCCGUAACUCGGGUUCACUCGUAUCGAUGACUGUCGUGACCCUUCCCCACAACCUGGUCAAUUCGAUGAUGGAGAGUGCGAUGGCGGCUGGGUCCAGUUCCGUCGGCGAGGGAAGUCAACAUUCCGGUUCCGGUAUGAGUACGCCGGUUUCGUCACGGCAGUGUUCAACGCUUCCGCGACGAAUGAACGGAGGGCCAGCCAGCUUGGCCGGUUGUAAGCUACCGGCCCCGAUGCCACCGCGAAGAGAUCCAAAGACAACACUUAGCGUAGGACGAGCACGUGCCAAAUCGAUGGUCGCCGGGUUGGAGGGAGGAGGCGAGAAGGAUGAUGAUGAUCUACCAAAUCAAACCAAGUCUACGUCGGCGGAAUCCAUCCACCAGCAGUCGCAAUCGGCAAUCAACACACCGACGCAGGGAGGACCAGGAACGCCGGUCCAACCGAGGACUGCGAGUAUCAAGUCGCGGCCCACUUCUAGUCGAAUCACAGCGGCUGAACUGGAGGAGCUGUUCCAGCGACAGCAGGGCGUUGAUGCGAAUCGCUGUUCGAUGCUGAUGACCAGUUCUCGAUUCCAGUCAGGCUUUGACAGUGGAGCUGCAACGCCUCCGACUUCUCCGCAGAAGGGGCCAAUAGUGUACGCAAGUGUGGCAGAAAUGAAGCGCAAAAAGUCAUCCAAGAUCGGCACGCUCAAGGGUCGUCCCAUUCCCAUACCGCAGGUUGGAUCCGACUUGAAGCGUACCUUCCACAGCACACCGGAUCUGGCGUCCAGUGGAACGGCGUCCGCAACCGGCAGUGCCGGCACGCUGACGCCCUCGGCCAGCUGGUUCAACACGGUCGGCCACAAGGGACACCGAUCUCAAGACGAUGUGCACAGCCUACACAUGUCGAUGCAAAGACUGAAUCUCCCACCACCAAAUCAUCCACCUCCGCCGCCACCUAUCGGGCAGGUCGUCAAGGUGGACAUCUCGCGGGGCUCCGAGUACGAGUGUCUCACCGCACUGCAGAAGCACAUCCAGCAGAAAGCCAAACAACGCUCGCAGAUGAUCAAGGAGGCGGAGAUCAUGUCCAGCUUCAAGCCAGCUUCCAACGCGAAACUGUAUGCUUCGCCCCAAGAUAUCAGGAACGUGGGCUACCGGACGACGAGCGUACCGUCUAGCAGCAGUGGCAACAGUAGCAGCGGCAAUAGCAGUACUAGCACGGAGAUUCGAAAGGCUUCAUCAAUUCGGUCGAACUCGAGCACUGGCAGUGCAAUCAAUGUGACCACCGUUACAAUCGGUGCAAACGGCAAUGGUAGCAUAACCAGCGGAGGUAGCAAUCCGUAUGCUCAACCGGGUCGUCCAGCGGUUAUGCAGCAGACCGCACAGCCCCAACAACAACAGCAGCAGCAGUACAAAUCUUCUGGACCUCCCUUACCUGAUCCGGACUACAGCUUGAGCGAAUCCGAUGCGGAGGAAGAUAACUCCGUCCGACUGGUGAGAAGCAAUCUCAAGAAAGUCAACGGAGGGCUAGCCGCGGCGGAAUUGAACGGGUCGAGUAAGCUCUCGGUUGGCGGCGGAUCUGUCAAUCCCGGCAUGGCCGCCGAAACUAGCGGAAACAGUAAUGCUAGUGGUAGCAGUUCCGGAUCAAGCUCGGUCCCGCAUUCAUUCUCUGUAGAGGAGAUCCAGAAGAUCCGCACUAAGCUCAAGUCCUCGAAAUCUUACCCGAAUGACUUUCUGCGACAGCAAAAUCAAACUGGGUCGAAUCAACAACCCGGUGCUAAUCAAGCUAAUGAAGACAACGGUGAUAAUAGUUCGUCAGGAGUUAGCAGUGAUCAAGAAAUUACGGUAACUUGCAACGAUAAACCGUCGGCGCCAGCGAUAGACCCCAAAAAGGUAGGUUCAAUUCUGGAGCAGAAAAAGAUGGCGGUUAUGAUCACGGCAUCCGUACCGGUUGUUCGGAGUGACGAUGACGAUGAUCAGAGUCCCAGUCCUCCGGCUACCGGCUUUCAGCGGCAUAAUUCGCUUACGCGAAAACAAGCCGCAACGAUCGCAGCAAACCGUGCGAAAGCCAACCAUCAAAACAUUCAACAGAGGCAUGUGGUUACCUUGGCAACACUGCCACCCCCGAUUGAAGCGGACUUGGAAGAGACCGAUUCCGGAGCCUUGCCGGUCGAUGGUCCCGAUGGGGUUGGUGUGGCGAUGGUGCUACCUCCGCCGGCGGAAUUCAGCGAUACUAUCGCAGCUGGAGGAGGCCAUUUGCAGCAGCAGCAACAUCACCACCACCAUCACCAGCAUCAGCACCAUUCGACGGCAGGGAUGGUCAGUGGUCAUAACCCCAACUGCAAACGGGUUCGCAUCGUGGGGGCCGUACCCAAAGUUAAUCGACUAAACAGUCAGUAGGUGACCAUUUGAUUUAGAUAGCCACUAUUUUAUUGCACUCUGUCAAGCAAACAUAGAUAAAUAGACACGAACAUAAAGCAGUCGAUCGUAUUAUGUAAUUGAAUUCAGAAAACUAGCAAGGCCUAUGCAUUCACUUCAUUAGAGCAAAAGGAAGCUUAUCUAUACAGCUAUCCGAGGUGUGUUAAAUAAACUCAUAACAUCUCUGAAAGUAAUUAAGCAACUAUCUAAUAGGGAAUACACGCUCAAACGGUUGCCUAAAUUCAACACACAAAAACACGUUCCGAGCUCAUGUAUCUAAAAUCACGUGCAAUAUCGUCCCAGACACAUCUUAACUAUGAGUGUCACAGCAUGCAGCAUCUGAGUGUUUCGUGUUAGCACACUAGGCCAAAAAAGUGACAGCUGUAAAAUAAGAAUCAAUGCUGUGCUCAUACUUUGGAAACAGUAUUUUCAAUAUGACAUUUUUUUUAAAGAGUGCGAAAAAGUCCUUUCAAGUCGUUCCAAAGCCUAGUUCAGAGGGCGCUGUGAGUUGAACGAUUUGAGAAUUCUUUUUUCGAAAGCACUUUCAAAGUAUUAAUGUUAGCAUUAGUUCAUCUGUGCAUUCUGCGUUGAAUUAAUAUUCUUAUGUAAAAUAGUCAUCCUUACUGUCUUUAUUUUUCGCUCAAGACAUAUAAUUUGUAUGUUAACCAGGUGUAAAUUUUCUUUGUCUUUGUAUAUUUGAGUAACUUUUUAGCAAGCAGAAUCAUUUCAUAUCUUCUGUCUUUAAUUAAUUACAUUAAUUAACAAGUCAACAGAGCAGUAGCUGAAAUAAGAUUCAAAGAAAAAACAGAUAUUCGAAGAAAAAAUAUCUACCCAACAAUUUAGAUCGGUAGGUUUUAACUAUACUCAAUGAACUAAAGGCGAAUUCGAAGUGUAGCUGUUGUAAAUUUUUUCGAGCUCGAUAUUUAUCGACAGGAUAUGAAAAUUUGUAUUCAAGUCUUACCACGCUAUUUAAAAGAAUAGAACAAGCACCAUUCUUCCAUUUAGUUUUUCCCAUUGCAGACCCAAACAAUGUCUCGAAGAGUGGUAAAAUAUGAUUACUUUAUAUUUUUAUAACCUUUAUAGCAAAACCGUAGAAAAUACGAAUGCGUUCAAUAAUAUAUCUCAUUAUUAAACAAAUUUUCCAGCAUCCGCAUUAAAUGAAGAGAUAUACGGCCAUUUAAAGUAAAAAUAAAUCGAAACCAUAGCGGACUUUUACUAUAUUGAAUUGGAGGAAAAUUAUAGAAUUCAUAUAAUCAACACAUUUAAUACAAAAAUGAAGCAGAGCAAACGUUAGAUACAACCAAAACAAACGAAUAGAACACGCCAAUCUGUCCGCUUAACAAGUAAAUUACAAAUAGACUAAAUAUUUUAAAUCUGCAAUCGCAACUGUCAUUGCAAUCAACUGCAUUUUGAAAUCUCAGCAACCACCACAACAACAUGAAUCCCAUUACACGCGUACUCUCACACAGCCACACAAGCAACGCAAUAGCUCAGCCUUCAAAACGAAUAGCAGCAGACGAAAUAGAAACAUGAACUUAUCGAAAUCGAACAAUAGCGACAGCGGAUAGCAUUUCAAAGAUACACGUUUUAAAACAACAGACAAAUUCCCCGACACCCGUCCUUUCUAUGUGUGUAGUGAUGCUGUGUGCUAACUACACCGACCCACAGUAGUGCAGUGAUCGAAUACAUUCACACUCACAUACACACACGGGCACAUGAACACACACACAUACAAAACCAAUAUGCAUUAGUGGAUAGGCAAGCAAAGUAUAGCAUAGUAACUAGCAUACAUACAGAACAUUAUGCAGUAUGAUAUUAACGAGAGAGAUGAAGAAAGCGAAAUGGUAAAAUGCUAUAACAUUUUAUGGUAAAUAAAAUAAUAAUAAUGAUCAAUA